GCCAUAUAGUUGAGAGCUGUCCACUCGCUGAUGUUGCGAAACCCUCUGCCGGCGUGUUAGGCGUGUACUCAUGCAUUCUUUCUUCACUUUUUCCAUGUCUAAAAAUUAUAAUACUAUGUUUUCUUAUCGAUUCUGAGCGGGUGUUGGCUCAAUGUGCCUUAAGAGAUACAGGUAAAUCAGUGACAGCGACAUCUGCAGGCGGCGGGAGCUAACUGUCCAGGUUAGCGAGCCGGUGGCUAGCUGGUAACUGUUAGCUGACAUUAGCCGCAGUUUGCAGACACGUCUACACACAGUCCGCUGCUGCUGCUGGAUACUAGACACAUGUUGGACUGCUGGUGGAAGAAAUGGUCGCUACUUGUGAGGACUUAACUUUCUUCCUCACAUUCACAAAUUGAGGUCAUAUACACGUGAUGGAAUGAACUCCUGGGUUUUGUUCUCUGAAACCUGCAGUAACAGAAUGGAGAAUGGAUGGUUGACUCCCGGCCCAGCCAUGUUCGGCACAGAGUCCUCAUUAAGCAUGUUUCUCAACACCUUGACACCCAAGUUUUACGUGGCUCUGACGGGCACUUCCUCCCUCAUAUCAGGACUCAUAUUGAUAUUUGAGUGGUGGUAUUUCAGGAAAUAUGGGACCUCCUUCAUAGAGCAGGUGUCCGUGAGCCACCUGCGCCCCCUGCUGGGUGGUGUGGACAGCAGCUCCCCCAGCAACCCCAACACCAGUAAUGGGGAGGCCGAUUCCAAUCGACAAAGUGUGUCCGAAUGUAAAGUAUGGAGAAAUCCGCUGAAUUUAUUUCGUGGAGCCGAAUAUAAUCGGUAUACGUGGGUAACAGGUCGAGAGCCGCUGACGUACUACGAUAUGAACCUGUCAGCACAAGACCAUCAAACCUUCUUUACCUGCGACUCAGACCAUCUCAGGCCUGCAGACGCAAUUAUGCAGAAGGCAUGGAGAGAGAGAAAUCCACAGGCUCGCAUCUCUGCAGCACAUGAAGCUCUGGAGCUCGAAGAUUGUGCAACAGCAUACAUUCUGCUGGCAGAGGAAGAAGCUACUACCAUCAUGGAGGCGGAACGUUUGUUUAAACAGGCGCUAAAAGCUGGAGAGGGCUGCUAUCGCCGCAGCCAACAGCUCCAACAUCACGGUACACAGUAUGAAGCCCAGCACAGAAGAGACACCAACGUAUUGGUGUACAUAAAGAGAAGACUGGCCAUGUGCUCCAGAAAGCUUGGCCGAACACGAGAAGCAGUUAAAAUGAUGAGAGAUUUAAUGAAGGAGUUCCCUCUCCUCAGUAUGUUCAACAUCCACGAGAACCUGCUGGAGUCGCUACUAGAGCUCCAGAACUACGCCGACGUCCAGGCCGUUUUGGCCAAAUAUGACGAUAUUAGCUUACCCAAAUCUGCAACAAUAUGCUACACAGCAGCUUUGCUCAAAGCAAGGGCGGUAUCGGACAAAUUCUCUCCAGAGGCAGCCUCCAGGCGAGGGCUGAGCACAGCAGAGAUGAACGCAGUAGAAGCCAUCCACAGAGCGGUGGAGUUCAACCCUCACGUCCCCAAAUAUCUGCUGGAGAUGAAGAGUCUGAUUCUUCCUCCAGAACACAUCCUGAAGAGAGGCGACAGCGAGGCCAUCGCCUAUGCCUUUUUCCACCUGCAGCACUGGAAAAGGGUAGAGGGGGCGCUCAACCUGCUGCACUGCACCUGGGAGGGCACAUUCAGAAUGAUCCCAUAUCCUCUGGAGAAGGGUCACCUCUUCUAUCCCUACCCCAUCUGCACAGAGACGGCCGACAGAGAGCUGCUACCCACAGUGUUUCACGAGGUGUCAGUCUACCCUAAGAAGGAGCUGCCCUUCUUCAUCCUCUUCACAGCCGGUCUCUGCUCCUUCACCGCCAUGCUGGCUCUGCUCACACACCAGUUUCCCGAGCUCAUGGGAGUGUUUGCUAAAGCUUUCCUCAGCACGCUGUUUGCUCCUCUGAACUUCAUCAUGGAGAAGGUGGAGAGCAUCCUGCCGUCCAGCCUCUGGCACCAACUCACCCGCAUCUGACCUCGACCGAACCGGACCGGACACAGAAUCAGACCCAGGACCAGGAGCCGACCUCCAUCCAGACAGAAACGGCUGAACUGAAACCCAGAACUCUGCGCUGGACUGAACUGACACACAUUUGUGCCAAGAGUUCAAACCAAACUGAGAACAGACGAGGACGGGAGGAGGCACAGGACAAAAAAGGCAAAACAACGGAAUCAAGAAUUGGUUUUGACUUUAUUUGAUAUGUUUGCAUUUUUUGGGUUUUCAAUCAUUUAAAGCUGUUCUUUUGUUGUACAAAAAGAGGUGAUCAGUUGCCAUCAUUAAAAAAAAGUGAGAAGACAAAAAAAUACAAUAAAGGACUUUUUGUGUA